GCAGAACUCCAGUCAGUGAAGUUGGUUGACAUGAAUGCAUGAGUUUUUGUUUCUUUUUUCGCGAGCUGUGUGCAGCGUUAGCACACUGUUGAGUGUCGUUAACAUCUGGAAAAGGUGGUUUCCACAAUGAGUCACAGCGUGUGUCCACUCAAGCCAUGUUUUGUUUCAUUUUCAUGUCUUGCUGGUGCGCCGGGGUUUUCAAACACACUGUGACCCGCUGCUGCGACUUGGAAUGUGAAAUGCUGCAUGGUGGAGUUUGAUAGGCUGCUGGAGCGGGGGGAACUGCAGCAGAGUAGCACCGCUGUCAGGAAGCUCAAGUCGCAUAGCCAGCUGGACGAGGACGGUUUACCUGCGUGAUUUACCAUGACAACUGAAUCAGGGGCAGAUUCGGAGGCCAAGCAGCCGCAGGAGAACAAGGAGGCAGAGAAGGGAAAAGCUACAGCGGCCGAACCCGCCUCGCCUCAGAACCAGCCGGAGCAGCUCCCCGCCGCCGCCGGACACAGCACGCCGGCCAGGAAAGAACAGGAGCAGCAGGACGAGGACCAGGUGUCCCACAGGUCAUCCACCAGUCGUCUGUCCAGGUCUCCUUUGAGAGGAGUGAAGAAAGUGAAGAUCAUGCAGUGCAAAGUCACCCUGCUCGAUGGCUCCGACUACACACUCAAUAUGGAGAAACGAGGCAAGGGCCAAGUGCUCUUUGAUAAAGUCUGUGAACACCUCAAUCUCCUGGAGAAGGACUACUUUGGCAUCACAUACAGAGAUGUAGAGAAUCAGAAGAACUGGCUAGACCCCUCCAAAGAGCUGAAGAAGCAGAUCAGGACUGGUCCCUGGAACUUCGCUUUCAACGUUAAGUUUUACCCUCCAGAUCCUUCCCAGCUGACUGAGGACAUCACAAGGUACUACCUGUGUCUGCAGCUGAGAGAUGAUGUGGUUUCAGGCCGUCUGCCCUGCUCCUUUGCCACCCACACGGUCCUGGGCUCCUACACAGUGCAGUCUGAGCUGGGAGACUACGACCCAGACGAACUGGGCAGCGACUACAUCAGCGAGCUGCGCUUCGCACCCAACCAGACCAAAGAGCUAGAGGAGAAGGUCAUGGAGCUCCACAAGACCUACAAGGGGAUGACACCAGCUGAGGCAGAGAUUCACUUCCUGGAAAACGCCAAGAAGCUUUCCAUGUACGGCGUGGACCUCCACCACGCUAAGGACUCUGAAGGCGUGGAGAUCAUGUUGGGAGUUUGUGCAAGUGGCCUGCUCAUCUACAGAGACAGGCUGCGGAUUAACAGGUUCGCUUGGCCCAAAAUCCUCAAGAUCUCCUACAAGAGGAACAAUUUCUACAUCAAGAUUCGGCCUGGCGAGUUUGAGCAGUUUGAAAGCACAAUUGGUUUCAAGCUUCCAAAUCAUCGCGCUGCCAAAAGGCUCUGGAAGGUCUGUGUCGAGCACCACACCUUCUUCAGGCUCGUAUCCCCCGAGGCGCCCCCCAAGAAGUUCCUGAGCCUCGGCUCCAAGUUUCGCUACAGCGGCAGAACGCAGGCUCAGACACGCAGGGCCAGCUCCCAGAUCAUCAGACCUGCUCCGUUCUUCGAACGCUCCUCCAGCAAACGCUACAACAUGUCCCGCAGCUUAGAUGGAGCACCCAUUAUGGAGAACCACGAGACUCUCAUGAAGGACAGCGCCGCUGACGGGCCAGCCAAAGUCAUCGCCAAGGGAGAGAUUAUCACCACUGUAACGCCAGAGAAGAAAGCGGAGGAAGAGAAGGCGGAGCAGGAAGACGCUCAGUUGAACGCCACAGAGACGCCAGAGCCUGCUGUCUCAACACCGCUCAAACAAGACACAAAGUGUUCCCCUUGUGUAUACACAACUGACCCCCUUCGCUCUGAGCUCUCACUCCCCUCAUCUCCCGUUUCAUCAACUAAAGUGCGGCGGAGGCGCAGGGAGAACGCGCAUAAGCGGGCUUCGUCGGUCAGUCCAGCCAAGUGCACCGCUGGGCGCCGUCGCCGGCAAGCCCUCGCCGACCGCAAAGCCGCCCUGCUGGAUGAGCAGGCGCUGCUGCUCUCCGCCCGCAAGCAGAGGCUAGAGCAGGGCAAGAGCCGCGGUGGCACGCUCUUCUCCUUCUCCCUGCACCUGCCCGACCUGUCCUCCUUCCUGGACGAUGACGGCUACAUCACCUUCCCCGAUCUGUCAGAGAUGCGCUUUCUCCCUGAGUGCGCGCAGAACUUCCUGCCCAUUAAGUCACCGUCACUCAUCCCCUGCUUCCUCUUCAUCUUCUUCUUCCUGCUCUCCACCUCCUUUUCCGUGCCCUACGCCCUCACCCUCUCCUUCCCCCUGGCGCUGUGCCUCUGCUACCUGGAGCCCAAGGCAGCCUCCCUGACCGCCUCCAUAGCCCAGGGCUACCAUGACCAUGACAGUUCAGAGGAAGAGGAGACUGACAGCGAACAAACUGACUUUGCCUUUGAUGGAGAGAUGACUGCAACAGAGUCGGAUGCAGAUGAGGACUCUGAGAUGCGGACUCAGUAUAGUUUCAUAAGAAGAGUAAAAGGGGAAAACGUUUUUAUCAAGCAUAGUAAUCUGAUGCUAGAGGACUCCUCACCUCCAGCAGAGAUGGUCAAGCACCAAACCAACAUCAGCGAACUGAAGCGCUCCUUCCUGGAGACGGGCUGCAGCACGCCGGGCCUUACCGAAUGGGAGAAGAGACUUUCCUCGUCCCCCGCUCGCUCACCCAGGGCGGAUGAGGCGCCGAUGAUAGAGCCGCUGGAGCUUGAAGACAAGCAGCCUGCAGGAGAAGAGACAAAAGGGGUGGUGGAGCCUAAAGCCACUGAGGCGGCAGGAUAUCUGGUGAAAUACGUGGUGGAUAGUAUUGGGACUGAUUUAGCCACCUCCUCGGGGCCACACGGGAUUAGUCUGUCAACCACUAUGGAUGAUGACGUCUUCAUGGACAGGACCCUCAGGGAGGUGGAAGAAAAAACCCCUGACUCCCAGGAGGAGGUGUCGGAGAGGUCGUUGGUGAAGGUCAGCCCCGGAGCUGUCAGGCAGGAAGUGUCCCAGGCCAUCAGCGACAAGAAGGGUAUGCUCAUUAUCUUGAAGGAGGUGGAGGAUAAAGAAGAGGGCAAAGACACAAGUACUGUGGAUGAAAUCGAGCAGUCUGUAGUCCCCGAAGAGGCAAAGGAUGAGGAAAAGGAAAUCUCUACCUCUGAAGACAAAGAAGGUUUGAAAGAAGAUACUUCUGUUGUUAUAGAAGCCAAAACUGUGGUAGUCAAGACUCAGAGUCCGAAGAUGGAGAUGAAAACUGGUGACAUGAGUGAGAUUAAAGGCGCUGACUCCCCUAAAAAGGCCAUGGCAUCGUGGAUUUCUGAGGAGGUGAAGACCGGGGCUCCUGAGGUCGUCAGCGUAAUGACAAAGGCAGUAAAAGAGACGAAAACCUCUGACGCCCUGCAGAAGAAAGCAGAAAUCUUCACCUUCGAAGAGGGGCAGUCGAAGUCCGGCCUGACUCAGAUCACACUUUCUGAGUCUACGACCACAUCCUUAGCUGCGUCUACGCUGGGAUGGGUUUCCUCCUCUCAAAAGGCAUCAGCUGAACCAGAGGAGAAAGCAGCGGUUGCCACAGAGACGGAGGCAACGGCUCCCAAGUCAACGAGUCCUGAUGCUGUCACGGAGGGAACCAAAGAGACUCCUGUGAUCCACACAGAGACAAAAACUAUCACCUAUGAGUCUGCAGAGGUUGACACUAAUGGUGACUUGGAUCCCGGGGUGUUGCUGAGUGCUCAGACCAUCACCUCUGAAACCACCAGCACCACGACAACCACACACAUCACGAAGACGGUGAAAGGAGGGAUAUCGGAGACGAGAAUCGAAAAAAGGAUCGUCAUCACGGGGGAUGCGGACAUCGAUCACGAUGAGGCUCUGGCUCAGGCCAUAAAGGAGGCUAAAGAACAACAUCCUGACAUGUCAGUGACCAAAGUAGUGGUACAUAAAGAGACAGAGAUCACGCCAGAAGAGGGGGAGGACUGACCCAGGAGUAACACUGAGGGCUGUUUUUCUGUUCAACCUCCCAGAAUCCAAAACCCAGAACGCCACACGUUACCCCAGGAUUGUCAGAGGACUGGAAAGGCCUCCUACUCUCCAAAUGCUGCAGCUCGCCGCUAGUCGCAACCAUCACCUGCAAGACAAAUAAAUGCAUUUUGCAUGAGAAGGACGCAACGUC